GCCAAAGUGAACCACAAACCAGUAGAUAGAGAACAGAUGGAGAAUUCUUGUGAGUUCGCCUUCCCCACCAAACCUAAGGAUGUUUCCCUUCAAGAACUUAGAGACAGGCUUGCAGAGUUUGCUGAAGUAAGAGGAUGGGAUCAAUAUCACAGCCCAAGAAAUCUUCUUCUAGCUCUAGUGGGAGAAGUUGGAGAACUCUCAGAGAUAUUUCAAUGGAAAGGAGAGGUAGCAAGAGGGCUACCAAAUUGGAGUCCUGACGAUAAAGAACAUCUAGAAGAGGAGCUCUCAGAUGUUUUGCUCUACCUCAUUCGUCUUGCUGAUGUCUGUGGCCUUGAUCUUGGCCAGGCUGCCCUCACCAAGAUCGUCAAGAAUGCUCGAAAAUACCCUAUUGCUGAUCAAUCCCCAUCUUCAUCUUCAUCUUCAUCUUCAUCUUCAUUAACUACCAGCAACUAGAAACUUUCUCCUACUUGGUGUGUUCGGUUGAUGUUCACGGCAUCAUGAAUGCCAGUAUGUGUUUCAGUUUUAGACUUUUAUUGCCUUGUUUGGUUCAUUUUUGUACCCUCUCCUUUUUCAAACUUAAGUCUUUGAAUGAAAAAUUUUAAUGUAU